AUGUUGUGUUCUCCAGUUCUGUGCCCCUCCCUCACACUGACCAAUGGGAUGAUCUCCUACUCUGACCCUACACUGGGUAGGGACACUGUGGCCACUCACACCUGUGUGGCUGGGUCUGCCCUCACCACUGACCUCAGUACCAGGACCUGUGGAGUGACUAGACGUGUGGGUGUCUGGUCUGGGUCACCUCUGGUGUGUGCAGCAAAUCUUAUGAGCGAAGUAUGUCCAGAUGUGGGUAUUGAAUCAACCUUACAGCCUGUGACGGAAGAGCAGUUCCAACUUAGGACAACCAACCGCGAGGAUGGGGCUCGCCUUGAUGUUGUGGCCCAGAGCUUCUGGAGCAACGAUAGACAGAGUGCAUUUUUUGAUGUCAGGGUCUUCAACCCGUACGCACCUACCUAUCGCCGCUCCACCAUGGCCCAGAGCUACAGAAGAAACGAGAUGGAGAAGAAGAGAGCUUAUGAACAGCGUGUAAGAGAAGUCGAACAUGGAUCGUUUACGCCUUUGGUUUUCUCUGCUGCUGGAGGUAUGGGUCCGGCUGCAGAUAUUGUCUACAAGAAACUAGCUUCAAUGCUGGCAGAGAAACAGGACAAAACAUACAGCACAACUCUGAAUUGGAUGAGAUUUUCCAUGGUUACUUGUCCGCCUGCCCUCGCUGACCCAACCAAUGGACAAGUAUCAAUAGUUACUAAUACUAUAGGGAGUACUGCUACCUACACCUGUGACACUGGAUACGGUGUCAAUGGAGCAACCACUGACACUUGUGGAGCUGAUGGUAGCUGGAGUGCUGUCCCUCCAACUUGUGAUGUCGUCUGUCCUGAGCUGUCCAUCGAUAAUGGAGUGAUCUCGUACAUUCCAACAAGCCCUCUGUUUGAGAACACUGUGGCCACUCACACCUGUGACACUGGCUAUGAGGUGAUUACAGGAGACACCACUAGGACUUGUGGGAGUACUGGAGUAUGGGGUGGAACUGCCCCACUGUGCACAGUUGUCACCUGCCCUGUCCUACUUGACCCUACCAAUGGAGGCGUGUCCACUCCUAACCUCAACUACCUCACCAUUGCUGCAUACAGCUGUGACCCUGGCUACGUCCUCACUGGUAGUGCUGCUAGAGCAUGUCUUGCUGCUGGUCAGUGGUCAGGGGAGGCACCAACAUGCCCACCUGUUGACUGUGGUUCCCUGGACGCCCCCUCCAAUGGAGCAGUGGACACAUCCUCUGGAACCACCUUCAUGAUGACUGCUACCUACACCUGUAACACUGGAUACAACAUUGCUGGAUCAGACACUCGGACUUGUGAGGCCACUGCACUCUGGACUCCAGAUGCCCCCACCUGUGCACCUGUUGACUGUGGUUCCCUCACUGUUCCUAUUAACGGGCAAGUUAGUACAUCCUCUGGAACCACCUUUAUGAGCACAGCCAUCUACACCUGUAACACUGGCUACACUCUCAAUGGAGUAUUAACUAGAACCUGUCAAGCUAAUGGAAACUGGGACCUAACAGUACCUACCUGUGAUCCUAUUGACUGUGGUUCCCUGGACACCCCUUCCAAUGGAGCAGUGGACACAUCCUCUGGAACCACCUUCAUGAUGACUGCUACCUACACCUGUAACACUGGAUACACUCUCGUUGGAGACACCACUAGGACUUGUGGAGCUGAUGGAGAGUGGUCCCCCAUUGCUCCAGUGUGCAAUCCUGUGGACUGUAUGGGUCUCACUAACCCCAUUGAUGGUAUGAUUACCUUGACAACCACCACCUUUGAGAGCAUUGCUACCUACUCUUGUAACACUGGACUAUCACUCAGUGGAGAAGCCACUAGAACCUGUCAGGCUACUGGAGUGUGGACUGGGUUAGCUCCAACCUGUGUAGCUCCUAGCAUCACAGCCACAGUGACCUCCAGUGGUCCUCCAAUGGCUGGUCAGAGCUACACCCUCACAUGUACUGUGACUGGAGGGGAGGCUCUGAAUCCAACCAUCUCCUAUCAAUGGUUCGAGGGCUCCAGCACACGUGUGAUGUUGCCUACUACCUCCGUUGAUCUCACCUUUGACCCCCUUCAUCUCUCUGAUGCUGGCCAGUAUAGCUGUGAUGUCAUUGUCAGCUCUCCAUCCUUGACCUCUGACCUCACAGCUUCCAGUGGAGUAGAGGAUCUCAUCAUUCAGAUUCCACCCCCCACUGUGAGUGUUAGUCAACCACCCACUGUGUUCCUGGGGACUAUGUUCACACUGACAUGUACUGCUGAGCUGGCAGCCUCCGUGGAUGUGGGUGUUACUGUGGGUGUGGUUUGGACAGGUCCAGGAGAUUUCAGCAUAUCAGGAGACACCACUCUUUCAAGUCAACUGAUGGUGGCCAGUGCUGCUCAGAGUGGAGACUACACGUGUACAGUUACUCUGGACUCUGCAUCUAACCUUCGAACCAACAGCGAUCCAGUCACUCAAGUGCGACCUAUCAGUGUUGUGGGUGCCCCCUCCUCUCCUGUGGUGACCUCAGUACCACUAACAGACUCCAUUGCCUUCACCUGGACCCAAAAUGAUCAGAGUGAUGUUGUGGUGACUUAUAGUAUCGUGUUUGAGUAUAAUGGAUCAUGUUCUGUGAUGGUUGCACCGAGGAGUAGAUCUGCGUCCUUCUUUACAGCAUUCACUCCCACUGUCCUGUUCAGUUUCAGCAACUAUCGAAUGACUGUCACAGCUGUCAAUCCAGUAGGAUCCAAUACAACAGUUGUCAUAGUCACCACUCUUCCCUCAGCUCCUAGUGGACCUGUACUGAACCUUGUGGCCAGUUCCUUCAACUCUACCUCAGUCACCAUUCAGUGGGACAAAGUGUCUUGUGUACAGAGAAACAGUGACAUCACUGGAUAUCAGAUCACCUAUGGUUACACAGUUGAAGGUACCACUCUGGAUAGCGCCAGCAUCCUUGGAACUGACAUGAGGGAAUUCACUGCAUCUGGUCUCAUUCCAAGAACCCAGUACACAUUCCUAGUCACUCCUCUCAUGAUCAGUAAUAGUGGCAUGGGAACUCAAGUGGCCAGUGUUGUCAGGGAGACAAGUCCAGCAGAAGAGCUGUCUCUGUUCCUGGGUGGGCAGUUUCUAACCAACCAUGCUGUAGUGACCCCCUCUGACAUUGGGGACACCAACAAUGCCCUCCUCUGUCUAACACCAUUCUCGGAUUGCUGUGACAGUUCCAAUGGACUGGCAGGAAAUUGGUUCGACCCAAGUGGUUCUGAAGUAGCAGGGGAUGGAUUUGGCACUCCACUUUACAGUGAUCGUGGUCCCAGUGUAGUGAGGCUAAACCGCAGAGCAGACAAUGUUGACUCUGGAGUGUAUCGCUGUGAGCUACUGACAGCAGUGGGUGUGUCCAUGAGCCUCCAUGUUGGUCUCUACCCUCUUGGUGAAGGUGCUCCCACUAUACCUGAUGAGCUGGUGUUCAAUAGAGCUGACCUCACUCUGACGUGUGUGUCUAAUGGUGGUCCAGCUAGUGAGGUGGUGUGGACCAGGGAUGGAGCUACUGUCUCUACUGGAUACACUCUCACACAAACUGUCACCAACACAGCCACAGCUACCUAUGAGAAUGUCCUGACUGCUACUACCAUUGCUGAUCUGGUGGGGACCUUCAUCUGUACAGUCAACAACAGCAGAGGAACCUCCAACACUGUCAGCUUCUCCUUCAAUGGUAUUGACAUUGAGGGUGUUGAAGGUCUGGUGGUGGGCAGUAAUGCUGCUCUGAGGUGUGUGAGUGUGUCUCCUGCUACCAUGAUCGAAUGGGUCAACAGUGGAGUUGAAGUUACCAUGACUACAACAGGAUUGACCCUUGACCUCCCCUUCACCCCAGUCACUGACACUCUCCACAACUCAGAGUUCACUUGUCGAGUAACUAGAUCCCCAAGCAAUGGAGGAACUGGAGAACUCAGUACGUACCACACUCACUGUGACUGGUGA